AUGGUCGGCAAACGCAACGCCUUUGCUCGCACAGACUCCCGCAACUCCCAGGCCAGCGGCCACCAGCCUCUUGCCAAUGGCAACUCGACAAAUCGCCGCCGCCCCCUAGACGACCUCGAGCGAGGUCGCAGAGACUACUCUGCUCAUCAUAACGGCUCCUCUCGCCCUCGCCCAAACGUCCUUCGCUUCCAGGAUGCCGCCCGCACUGCCCUCGAGGACCAGCGCCGCGAGGAGCUGAAGAAGGCCCUCCUUCACAACAUUGACCAUGACGGCCUCGAGGAGUUCCGCAAGUCCGACGACGAGCUCAAGCAGAUCAAGAACAAACAGGUCCGCAAGUUCUACGAGCGCCAAAACUCCCGCCUCAAUGACUGGCUCGAGGUCGACGCCGUCGUCAUGGCCAUUGGUGACGAUGUCUUCGAGUCCAUGGAUCCGGACCCGGAUCACGACGGCGACCUAGAGCGCACCGGCGGUAUACAAGCCGUCCAAGGAAACAUCGCCGAGCUCCUCCCUGACGAGGAGAAGCAGAAGCGCGCACGCGCGGAGAAGAAGGCAAAGUGGGCCAUCAACAUCAACGUGCUUGUCAACAUUGCCCUGCUCAUCGGCAAGAUUGUGGCUGCUUUAUCGACGGGCUCAUUAUCACUGAUUGCGUCGCUUGUCGACUCUGCCCUUGAUCUACUCUGUACAGUCAUUGUGUGGUCGACCAACAAGUUGGUGCAGUGGCGUAUAAGUGCCCUCAAGCGGAAAUUCCCCGUGGGCCGCAAACGUCUUGAGCCGAUCGGCAUUCUCGUCUUCUCCAUCAUCAUGGUCAUCUCCUUCCUGCAGAUCCUGAAGGAAUCGGUAGAGAAGAUCAUGCCACUAGAGGGCAAGGCUGAGAUGCUCGGGACCACAGCCAUCGCCGCGCUCCUGGCAACCAUUAUCAUCAAGGGCAUCAUCGGUAUCGGGUGUGUGCCAAUCAAGACCACGCAGGUGCAGGCACUUGCGCAGGACUGCAAGACAGACGUCAUCUUCAACACUCUCUCCUUGCUGUUCCCUUUCAUUGGUGCCAAGGCCAACAUCUGGUGGCUGGAUCCCGUGGGCGCCGGCCUUCUCUCUCUAUUCAUCAUCUACGACUGGGGCCACACAUGCUUCGAGAACGUGACCCGCCUCUCCGGCGAGGCCGCCGACGAGAAGAUCCAGCAGAAGCUCAUGUACCUCGCAUACCGCUUCAGCCCCAUCGUCGACGGCGUCAAGAGCAUCACCGCAUAUCACGCCGGAGACGGCGUCUGGGUCGAGUUCGACAUCCUGCUCGAUCCGAACACGAAGCUGCGCGAUGCCCACGACAUUGCCGAGACGUUGCAGUACUGCGCCGAGGGGCUGAACGAGGUCGACCGCGCCUUCGUCAGCACAGAUUACUCGACCGCGGGGCCUAAAGGCCACAACGAAGAGGCGAACUAGACACGCCUGGCAGCGUCUUAAUUCGGCGCAUUCUUUUUCCCCCGGCAGAGGAUGAGUUCCCAUGUAUAACUCAACGUCAUCGGGGCAUGAGCCCAGGUACACACACGAGAGAAACAAAGAGCAUUAUAGUGUAUAAGCGGGGAAAUAUUGUGCUCGGGAACGACAUUUUUUACGGCAUAUAGACCUUACCAAGCCAACCUUGUAUAUACGAGGACAUUAUGAAUGUGCUAGCGCACAAGAAACCUGAAAGAAAAUAU